GUUGUCUUCGGGUCAAAAUGACCCGACACUGUGUUAAAAAAAACCCAAAAUCCCCCUUAACGAUAUUUUUUUCACUUGAAAUUUUAUGACUUUGCCUAGAUUGGCCCCAACAGUAGAAAAAGUGAAAUGUUGCUUUUAUUCACAUUUCCAUGUAAGCUGUACAAAAAAAUGUACAAAGGUGGUCUUCGGGUCAAAAUGACCCGUGAGGCAAAUAGAGUUGAAAUCAAGGUCACAGAGUUAUUCAAACACCACAGAAUGUUACAAUGUUUUAGUUGUGUCUCAGAUCAAUCAGUUCCAGAAGUAAACAACACAAUAUAUCCUAUGGGAUUUCUUCCCAAAUAUGGGAUCAAGUCAUGGGUGGCAUGCGAUGCCAAAUCAAGCUAUGCUUGGAAAAUGCAAGUUUAUACCGGGAAGCUGACCAGUGGAUGCCCAGAGAAGAACCAGGGGAUGCGAGUUGUGCUUGAUGUGACAGAGGGACUGAGGGGUCACAAUGUGACAUGCGACAAUUUCUUCACCUCUUAUGAACUUGGACAGCAGCUCCUGAAGAGGAAGAUCACCAUGGUUGGUACAGUUCGAAAGAACAAGCCUGAGCUCCCACCUGCACUGCUUGCAUCAAAGGAGAGAGAGGUCUUCUCAUCGAAGUUUGCCUUCACUCCCACCACUGCUCUUGUUUCUCACCUCCCAAAGAAAAACAAGAAUGUAGUUCUUCUGAGCACACUGCACACAGACGGUGACAUUAGCGAUCGUGAAGACAGGAAGCCAGUCAUCAUCCUAGACUAUAACCGGAACAAAGGAGGUGUGGACAACCUAGAUAAGGUGAUUGGAACAUACAGCUGCAGAAGGAUGACUGCCCGCUGGCCCCUGGUCAUCUUCCACAACAUCAUUGAUGUUUCCUCCUACAAUGCCUUUGUGAUUUGGAGAGAGAUCAACCCGACCUGGAUGUCUCGUAAGCAGAACAAGAGGAGGGUGUUCCUGGAGCAGGUAGGAAAGGCACUUGUGACUCCACUGAUUGAAAGAAGGAAGCACGUCCCCCGCACAGAAGCGUCAGCCGCAGUGGUAAAAGCUAUUCAGAGUGCAGGAACUCCUGAUCAACCUGAGGAUCCAGCUACCACAGCCACUUCCCCAGCUAGGGCAAGUAAGAGGAAGAGAUGUCAGUUCUGCCCUCAAAAGAAAGACUGUAAAACACAUACGGUGUGCUGCAGGUGUAAGAAAUAUAUCUGCAAAGGCUGUGCACUUGCAUACUGCCCUACAUGUGCCAAUUAGUUGAAUGGGUUAUGUUAUUUUUCAUGUUUGUAUUGUUCAUUGUGGUACAUUU